AUGCACAGGUCGGGCGCCUCUGGCAACUGGCGCAUCUAUCAGGAUGGUUAUAUCAGCUACUUGGAGUUCCAUCGCCUUGGCAACCCGGGCGUCAUGCAGAUUCGAGCUUUGGCCAAAAACCAACUGGGCGAAGCCGCCGCCGAUGCUGUACUAACCAUCGAGCCACAAUUGGACUUCCGGCCAGAAUUGAAGCAUGUGGAGCCAGAAAAUCCCUUCAAAAAACUAAUUGCUCUUCGACGUGUAGAGUGUUCACCGGAACUGAAGAAUAAAAUGAAUAGACCAAAGGCUCAGGCAAUCAACCUCAGGAAGGUCGAACGGGCCUCUGAAUGGAAGGGCAGAGAGGCUACCGACGCUGAAGUGGCCGAGACGGAGGCGCUCUAUUCGCUCGUCCAGUCGCGCCUGCGCACCAGCCGCAGCAGCCUUCCACCCUCACCGGCGCCUCCAGCUCCACAAGCCCUUCCAGUCGUCAGGUCGCAACCGCCAGCUCGACCCCAGCCUCCGCCCCAGCAACAGCAGCCUCAGCAGCAAAUACAGUAUCAGCCAGUAGCGCAGCCACAACAACAACCGCCAUUGCCAGCGCCAUUAUCGCAGCCACAGCCAGCACAGGUCACCACAGUCAUGGGUGUAAGUAUUAUAAUUGGCAAAUAUUCAUUUGGACAAAUUAAUUUAUGCUUUAUAGUUGAAUACAUUUUUUGUAAUAAUUACUACAAAAGUCCGAGUAUUGGCUAA